AUGACUCGAUGUGCUGUAAGCUAUUACAUUUUAUAUAAGACUUUCCAUUUUCUUGACGUUCCCGUAGCUCCUGCCAAGAUACUGAAAGUUCCCAAAGAGAAGAAAGUUCAGAUCGGAUCAGAGGUCACGCUGGAGUGUAACGCCACGGGCAACCCAAUCCCAUCCAUCACUUGGCUUGAAAACGGCAACACGAUUUCCGGUGCGUCAGUGGAGGAGACGCUGGUGGAGGAAGUCAUCGUGUCUGUUCUGCGGGUGGUGGUUCAUAAACCUGCUCUCUACACCUGUCAGGCUACUAACCAGCACAGCGCAGGAGCCAACACCGUCAAAGCCACUGCCAAAAUAACUGUCUCAGAAUGGAGACUGUACAAAGGCAGCGCUGGCUACUGCAGCACAUACAGAGGCGACGUGUGCCGGAAAGAGCUUCGUCUGGACUCGCUGGUGUUUUUCAACUACUCUCUACCGAACCCGGAGGACGCUCAGGAGUACCUGGCCCAGAGCGCAUGGGGCGAGCUGGACGGGGUGAGCUCGUUCUGCAGGCCUGCGGCCAGAUCGCUGCUCUGUCACGCCACCUUCCAGGACUGCAACCCGUCUGGACUCGGACCAGCACCCAAACCUGUCUGCAGGGAGCACUGUCUGGCAGUGAAAGAGCUGUACUGUUAUAAGGAGUGGCGUUCUGCUGAGGAAAGAUCUCAUCAAGGGUUCCCACAUGGCAUCACUCUCCCAGAAUGCAUCUCUCUACCCAGCCAACGAGCAGAUCCAUCUUCAUGCACAGCGGUUCCUUACGUUGAUCUUAAUAAAGGCCAAGUUACAACAACAUGUUACAAUGACAAAGGAAGAUUUUACCAAGGAACUCACAACACGACAGCAUCUUCCAUUCCCUGUCAACGAUGGAACCGGCAGGAUCCCCAUCAACAUAGACUGUCUAUAGAUGUGAUUCCUGAGUUGCGAAAUGCAGAAAACUACUGUCGUAACCCAGGAGGAGAGAGUGAAAGGCCAUGGUGCUACACCACAAACCCUAAUGUGCGCUGGGAAUACUGUCUGGUUCCCAAAUGUGGAGAAGUUAUGAGUGUGAAGACUGCACCCUCCAUUACAAAACCGGUCCAGAUUUACCCACCUCCUUCUGUGUCUACAGCCUACUCUAUGAGCGUUAUCAUUUUAAUCAUUUCUGGCUUUGCUGGGGCGGCCUUCUUUACCAUACUCAUCCUCAUGUGCCACAGGCGAAAGAAAAUGUGGCAAAAGAGGAAAAGUAGGGUGCUGGAUACGCCUACUCUGACCACCCUCCCCUCAGAGCUCCUGCUGGACAGACUUCAUCCCAACCCCAUGUACCAACGACUGCCUCUCCUUCUCAACUCUAAGCUCCUCAGUCUCGAGUAUCCACGCAACAACAUUGAAUAUGUCCGUGAUAUUGGAGAGGGGGCCUUCGGUAGGGUGUUUCAGGCAAGAGCCCCUGGUCUUUUGCCAAUGGAGCCAUUCACCAUGGUGGCAGUGAAGAUGCUGAAGGAGGAAGCCUCGGCUGAUAUGCAGAAUGACUUUCAAAGAGAAGCUGCACUCAUGGCUGAGUUUGAUCACCCCAACAUUGUCCGUCUCCUGGGAGUUUGUGCGGUGGGGAAACCCAUGUGUCUCAUGUUUGAAUACAUGGCCUAUGGGGACUUGAAUGAAUUUCUUCGACAGCGCUCUCCAACCCAGCAGCCCAGUCUAAGCCGGGAUACCUUGACGUGCAGCAGUCUCGUGUCAGAACCUGAGCAUUACCCACCCCUCAGCUGCCUGGAGCAGCUCUCCAUUUCCAAACAGGUGGCGGCAGGAAUGGCGUACUUGUCGGAACGCAAGUUUGUGCACCGUGACCUAGCUACCCGCAACUGUUUGGUCGCCGAAAACCUGGUUGUGAAAAUUGCCGAUUUUGGUCUCUCGCGCAACAUCUAUGCGGCAGAUUACUACAAAGCCGGUGAAAAUGACGCCAUCCCGAUUCGCUGGAUGCCUCCUGAAUCUAUCUUCUACAAUCGAUAUACAAGCGAGUCAGAUGUUUGGGCUUAUGGCGUGGUUUUAUGGGAAAUCUUCUCAUAUGGCAUGCAGCCAUACUACGGCAUGGCCCAUGAGGAGGUCAUUUACUAUGUAAGAGAUGGAAAUGUUCUCGCCUGUCCAGAAAACUGCCCACAGGAGCUGUAUAACCUCAUGCGUUUGUGUUGGAGCACUCAUCCCACUGACCGGCCUAGUUUCGCCAGCAUUCACCGUAUCCUGGAAAGAAUGCAUGAACAGAUGCUUCAGUCUGGCCUUUCUUGAAGAUCUCUAAAAAUGCUCUAAUCUUUACGGAACUCAUUAGAAUCCCAAUAGAUAUUAAAGAAGGAUAAAACAUUUUAAGGUAUCUGCAAGAGCUGAGGAAAUCCCAGAAAAUCUUUAAGUGCCCACAAAUACUCAAGAACCCAGAGGAACAUUGAGGAAUGUGUAAGACGCGUGAAAUGACUAAAAAGGCUCUUGUGCUUUAAAGAAUACUGAUCCCUCAAAUUCUCUCUGAAGAUGAGUUUGCUUGCAUCUGUUCAAAGGAUCUCAGUUGUUUUCUUUCAAUGACGCAGGUGUAUGGCAGACAUCAGAUGAGUGCUAGUCAGGGUUUGAGGAGAUUCAUAUUAACAGGAUGAAUGAAGGUUAACAUCUAGUAAUAAGGUAGAUGUAGUGCAGUCACUGCAAGAAUCUAGACUGAAAUCUCUGCAAGCAGAGACACAGUAUACAUGCCUGAUAUUUGUACUUUUCAUUGCUUUUGGAUCUAUUUUGAGUAAAAACUGAGAGUUACAUGCAUCUGGUAGUAACUUUCUUUGAAAAAGUAACUAUUUUUCAAGGUAAGUUGCAAUUAACUAAUUAUAGCUACAUUUAAAUUUACUCAACUAAAAUAAAUUGAUUGCAACCACUUAUAUUUAAAAAAGUUAAUUCAAUAAAUCAUUUUUAGUGCAUUGUGCUCCAAGCAGCAGAACGUUGUCAUUGUUUUUAAAUUGGAAACAUUAAAACAAAAUAGCUUAUUCCAAAGUGGCACAACAUCACUUUAUUUUAACUAAAUAGUUUGAUUAAUUUCUCAUUUUAAACUGAUUUGCCAAGAUACUAUGUUUCUUUGUGUGUUCUUGGUUAUAUUUUUGAGUGAAACAAUGAGAGAAGUGUACAUAGAACAUUUUUGAACAAUUUACUAAGAUUGUGUCUCAUUAUUUAAAAGCAAACUUCAUAAAACUCAUCAUAAAUUGAGACAUCUGCUUAAAAUCAACUUUUAAUCAUUUGUCUGUUCAAUACAGCCAACAAACAAUAUAACCUAUGAAAAUGAACUAGUCACUUUUUGUCUAGAUUUUAACGCUGCAUACGCUGAAAUCUCUAUGCGUCCUGGUGCAUUCUGGGAUACUUUAUAGACAGUAUCCAGACCAGUCCACAUGUAUUUAACACUAUCCCGGUACAACUCACCCAUUUAAUUUUCAUGUUUUUUGCAAAAAAAAAAAAAAAAAAAGCUUCAGGAAUUAUUUAGUUAUUAUACACGCAAAGCAUGAUCUUUUUUUAUAGUGAUAUUAUUAUGUCAUUACUGUAUUAUUACACAUUUUACACCAACUGCGUCAAUAUAGCGAUCAAUGUUGGAUAUGACCUGCUUGAAAUAAAACUAUUUAUUACAUUUC